AUGGGUGACGCAAGAGAGUACUCGGAGGUCUCCGAGGACCGGACGGAGCCGUUCUCGCAGACCGAGAUCCAGGCCCGCCUGCAACGGUCUCGAAUGGAGGAGUUCAACGCUAUCAACAGCUCUGUCCCGCUGGACAAGUUGGUGGUGCCGCCGGAUGACGAUAUACGCAUUCUUAUGAGGCCGCUGGCCCGGGACCGCAGUGUUCGCGAGGACCGCAAUGUUAUGCCUGUUGCCUUGCGUCCUGAGGUAGCAGAGGAGGAGAUGACGACGCAGGAGGUCCUGGCCGUCCGCCAGACGGCCCAUUCUGUCAGCUACACCAUCAACAUUCCGGACCCCCAGAUUCCGGAUCGCAGAGUCGUGUGCAUCGUGUACUACGACCCGGCCAGCGACAAUCAGAUCCUCGUCAACCGGUCCAAUGUGCCUUUCACCAUCUCCCGGAUUUCUGAGGAGCCUGAGGAGAGCCGCGGUGUGCAGUACACCAUCAAUCCAGACUUCCGCAAGGCCCUUGCCCCGGGUACGUGGCGGAUCACCAUGGACGGCACUGAUCUGCUGGACUUCCGCCUCCUCGAGAGACCGCCGAUGCGGCUGCGGCCGGUCACGAGCAACCCGCCUGUCCCAUCGGGGCCGAGUGACGCGGUGAACUCGACUGGCAAAAGGUCCUUUGUUUCCGGCGAUGACGAUGGCAGUCCGGAGAAGAGGCGCCGGCCGUCCGGGGCCGACGGUGACAAGAAGGAGGACAGCGUCAUCGUGUUCAUCCCCCCAAACACAGCUUCCAAGGGCAAGGAGCUCGUGGCAUCCACUGGUCAUCCGUUCCUCGACCUGCAGCCCAACGAAACGCUUGAGAUCGCACAUGGCGGAGGAGUUGUCGGCUGUACCCUCACGAUGCAAGACCGCAUUGCAUCGUCUACUCUGUCCAGCGUCUUCACCGCACAGCACUCGGCAAUACCCGGCAGAUCCGUUGUCGUCAAGGUUGUCAACACCACGUUGGCUCCGGGGCAGAAGGCCAACGAGGGCGCGUUGGCUAACAAGGUCAUCUCGCAAGCCCAGACGUGGCUGCGUGAGGUGGAGAAUCACUCCAAGCUCAGACACAAGAACAUCGUGCAUCUGUACGGCGGCGACGCCCGAUUCCUCUCUCUGUACAUGGAACCCGUCAUGAUCCCAAACCUGGCGGCCUGGAGGACGUCCGGAACCGACCUGUUUUCGGGUGAUCGAACCGACGCUUUGCGUAUACUGGAAGAUGCCGCCGACGCACUGGAGUACCUCCACCGGCUCCGCUUAGAGCACAACGACAUCCGGCCCGCAAACAUUCUGUUUAGCCGGGAGCGAGGAGCCGUGCUGUGCGACCUGGGCCACUCGACCGAGAACGGCCAGCGCUCCCCGGGCGGCACCCCGUGGUAUAUGCCCCCCGAAUACAUCGGUCUGCGGCAACGAGGACCUCCGAGUGACGUCUGGGCCCUGGGCGUGGUUAUGCUCUAUGUUAUGGGCAAGAUGUCGCUGCCCGAGUCGCGCUCCAACCGCAAGCAUCCGCGAUAUCUGUUCUGGACUAUCGCACACGUACACGAGAAGUCGCCACAGCUGCAGGCUACCGCCAUUGCGAGGAUGCGGACGUGGUUGAACGAGAUUACAGCCGUGCGGAACGGGCUUGAUGUCCAUGACAAGCUGGAACGGCUGGUGCACGGCAUGCUGGCGCCGAAUCCCAAGGAACGGCUGACCAUGAAGGACAUUGUCAGCCAGUUGUUUGCUGAGCAGGAGGGAUGA